GGGCGACGGCCGCCAUUUUGUGCCGGGCGCCCGGAGGAAGAGGACGCUGUCUUGUCUCCGCGCCUGACGGGCCCUGGCGCUAAGCGAGCCGCUCUCGGCCCCGCGAACUAAUCCCGACCGGAUCUCUAGCCUCCCCGCUCCCUCCCCCGGGAAGUGAGGCGGCCAAGGGCGACUCCGCCGGGACACCAGUGCCGCCGCCGCCGCCGGCCGAGCCCCCCGCCCCGCGCCCCCCCCAGCUCGCGCCGCUCGGUGCCCCCCCCUGCGGGACAAUGCGAGGUUUCGGAGACCGGGGCCGCGACCGUGACCGCGGCGGGUUUGGUAGUCCGCUGCCCCCAAAGAAAUUUGGUAAUCCAGGGGAGCGUCUACGCAAAAAGAAGUGGGACCUGAAUGAGCUGCCCAAAUUUGAGAAGAACUUUUAUGUGGAGCAUCCAGAAGUGGCCAGGCUAACCCCUUAUGAAGUUGAAGAACUGCGACGAAAGAAAGAGAUUACAGUUAGGGGGACAGAUGCCUGCCCCAAACCUGUGUUUGCCUUCCACCAUGCUAACUUCCCACAGUAUGUAAUGGAUGUCUUGAUCGAUCAGAAUUUCACAGAACCCACUCCAAUUCAGUGCCAGGGCUUCCCAUUGGCCCUCAGUGGCAGAGACAUGGUGGGCAUCGCUCAGACAGGCUCCGGGAAGACAUUGGCAUACUUGCUGCCUGCAAUUGUUCACAUUAACCACCAGCCAUAUUUGGAGAGGGGAGAUGGUCCAAUUUGUUUGGUUCUAGCUCCCACCCGAGAGCUGGCCCAGCAAGUCCAGCAGGUGGCUGAUGAUUAUGGCAAAUGCUCAAGACUUAAGAGUACCUGCAUAUAUGGAGGAGCACCCAAAGGUCCCCAAAUCCGAGACCUGGAGAGAGGCGUUGAGAUCUGCAUUGCCACACCUGGCCGCUUGAUUGACUUCCUGGAGGCAGGAAAGACCAACCUUCGCCGAUGUACGUACCUUGUGCUGGAUGAAGCGGACAGGAUGUUGGAUAUGGGCUUUGAACCCCAAAUUCGUAAAAUUGUUGACCAGAUAAGGCCUGACCGGCAAACUCUGAUGUGGAGUGCCACUUGGCCAAAGGAAGUGCGCCAGCUUGCUGAGGAUUUUCUGCGUGACUAUGUUCAAAUCAAUGUGGGCAACCUGGAGCUGAGUGCUAACCACAACAUCCUGCAAAUAGUGGAUGUAUGCAUGGAGAGCGAGAAGGACCAUAAACUAAUUCAACUGAUGGAAGAAAUCAUGGCUGAGAAAGAGAACAAAACUAUCAUAUUUGUUGAGACGAAAAGACGAUGUGAUGACCUCACCCGAAGAAUGCGCAGGGAUGGCUGGCCAGCUAUGUGUAUCCAUGGAGACAAGAGUCAGCCAGAAAGAGACUGGGUACUUAAUGAAUUCCGUUCUGGAAAGGCUCCUAUCCUCAUCGCUACAGAUGUUGCAUCUCGUGGGCUAGUCUCUUCCUGCUCCUAAUGAACAGGCUUUGGUCUGCAGCAAGGCCUAGGCAUGACUAAUCGAUCGCCAAGAGGGAGAAGAGACGUCCAAUUAUGCAACCCAAUCCUUCCACUGCACCCACUUCCUCCCCACUUCCAGCUUUUUGCGGCUGGAUGGCUAGGGCUGGAUUGCUCCCAAUUUACAGAGGGGAUCAAAUAAUAGUUGAAAUAGAGAGUCGUGUGGAGGAGUAGGUCAACAUAAAAUAAUGAACAAUACAUAGGUGAAAUAUACAGAUAAAUCCCUGCAUACACAUAAUUUCCCCAUCAGAUGUGCUCACAUCUGGGAAAGCAUUGCUCCAGCUUUUCUGUUUUCACAAACAGCCUUCCCAGCUCUGUGUUGGUUGUAGGCAGGUUCUAUUAUAUGCCUUCAACAUAUACUGUCCAAGUGUGGUGUUGGAUCAGAAUUACAUAGAUCAUUUUCACAUCAAUGAAAUAAACUUUCUGGAUGCAUAAGUUAAAACACCCCCUUUUAAUAAGUAUAUUUGUAGUAUGAAACCUUUGUGUUUAACAUUAACCUUGCUCCCUUAUACGUUUGCCCAGUAUAAGUUUAGAAAUAUUCUAAAGCAAUUUGGGUCCGUCUGCAUUCUUACACUUUCCAGACGUGGCAAAGACCAUUUCUGAGGGCCAUAUACCAGAGUUAGUGCCUCAGUGGUCUGAUCCAUUGUGGCAGAUCUUAAGUAAAACUAUUGCAAGUGAUCCAUCAAGAAGCACAGAGGGAAAUUCUGUGAUUACAGAAGAGUUUUAGUUAUUUGAAACCGUUUUUUAUAUCCUGAAAGGGUGGCUGCACUGUGCAUCUCAAGGUCAUUUAAAUGUUGGCAAACUAGUGUGAGACUUGGCAGCCUUCAUUCACAUAACCUUCACCCCACCCCCACCCCCAAAAUUGUCUAACACUUCCUCUAAGAGGUGAUCUUAUGGACUUCAGUCUCUGCCCUCUAGGGUCAUGUCUGGACCUGUGCAGUUAGAACUUGGGCCUGUUGGGAGAAGGGACUGAGGCCGGAAACUAGUUUUUAUGAAAGAGAGCUGCUUUCUGUAGCAGUGUUUUUUUUAAACAGGCUUGCUAUGUGCUGGUAGCUUCUUUGUGCAUCUUGCCUAGACAUUUAAAAAAGCCCCACCCCCCAAAAUGCUCCCCCAAAACAACUCAAUUGGAUACCUCUCGAGAAAACACUCUCCCCGUUUCCCCUGCCCCACUUCACCCAAGCUGUGGGGGAAAGGUACCAUAGUCUGUUUCUUGUUACUAAACAACAUCUCUGCUUGUUUUGGGGCCCUGAGUUUGCUGCUUUUUUAAAUAAAGUCACUUAACUGGCAAACUUCUGGACAACUUCCUCCAAGAUCCUGGAAAGUGAAGGCUACUACAUAAAUAACUUAAAACAGGGGUGCGCGCUUUUUGGCUGAGUCACCAGGGCCUUCCCUCAUCCCAAUGGAAUAUUGGUUUCCAAAAAGCUCCUUCCAGGUAAGUUCUGGGUCCCAUAAUGACUUCUUUGUGAUAAUCUCCAGGAGUGAGGUCCUCCCUCUGCACUGAUAUUUUUUUUUGUUUUUGUUACUCUUCACUCUGUUAAACUAAAAACAUUGAAUUUAUUUUGUUUUGUUUUCUUUAACAGAAGCUUUGAUAUCAGCUGCAGAUCAUUCUCAGUGCAGGGUCGGGGGCAUAUCUGCACUGGUGGUCGAAGCAGCUCUCUAGACAAGCAUGUCUGCUAAUUUAUAUCACUCCUGAUUAACAGUCAGAGACUCGAUCUGUGCCAUAGGGUAUUCCGGUUGUCUGAGAAAGGGUGUGUGUCCCAGGCAGCUGGCCAGAUCACUUUUACAAUUUGUUCUUGAUCUUGCUACAGUAUCUUCUAAAAGUGCAGGAAGAUUGACUGUGCACAAAUACAUGGAGCAUGCUAGACUGGAGAAACCAAAUCUUGUACUUGCUCUGAUCUUUCUUCAGCCUGAUAUGUGCACAUACAGGACCACCUUUUUAAUCUGGAGAACAUCCCCUGCCUUUUCUGGCCUUCCCCUCAAAAAAAUCAAGUCAGCAGUGUCUGUGCUAUUAGCUACAAUUCCGGGCGCUUUCUGCCAGGAAAGCGCUUCCCUGUAUCCACUUGGUAAUUCAACUCGCUUUGCUGCUCAUGGAUGUGCGGAAUGGGAUUGGCUAAGGAUCACGUAGCCUGCUGCUUGUCAGACUCUAGUUAAACUCUGUCUGUGAAGAUGUGAUUGUGCCUAUCAUAUUUGCCCCUCCCUUACCUUAUACUUUUACCAUUAAAAUAUUCUUUGUUAUUGCACCAAGGACCCUAGUUGGAGACUCGCGCAGCCCCCUGUGAAAUCUGCCUUCUCACUCCCUUUUUGGUGUGAUUCAGGACUUUGGAGUCAGCAAAGACUAAGGAGACCCCUUUGCUGUAAUAAGAAACAGACAUAAAGUCCCCUCUUGCCACUACAAACCCAUAGUUUUUAUUUUCUCCCUGUCCCCUCUUUGAAAUUGAGAAGUCUGGGCAAUAGAUGCAGUCUGACCCUUUGGAUAUAUUUUUUCUAUCUUCAUUUUUUUGACAUUCGCCCCUAUUAACCCCGGGUGGGGCCAAAAAGCGUUGGAGGACCUGAAAUUUUUACCUGAACCCAGGUUCUCCGGCACUUCACAACCAAAUGGGGCUACAGAGAAGCAUCUAAGCCAGUUCACAGAGCGAGCGUGUGUGGGGACUUCUCGCUGCCAUGGACCCUUG